UCUUUUAAAACUGUUUGGCUAUUAUUUUGUUUUGGUGUUGGCUUGGCAUUUUCUUGAAUAUUCUGCAAGGGUAGACAACACAGUGUCGAGAAUUUAUUGAAUCCUAUUGUCCAAGACUUUAAUAUGGAGGCAAUACAAGUGGCUACACUAGCCAUUGUUGUGCACAUCCACUGGUCAGUCGUAGGAGGAUCUCAAUUUUCACUCAGAUAUCAGUCAAUGGGGAUUAGGAUGAACCAUGUGAACAACUUUCCUUUUCAAAAUACAAGCCUGCCAUGGAAUGUCAGGGUCGAUGACCUCGUGUCAAGGCUAUCUCUAGAUGAAAUACAACUUCAGAUGGCCAGAGGCGGUGCUGGAAUUUAUGGAGGACCGGCGCCUCCCAUACCAAGACUAGGUAUAGGUCCUUACAACUGGGAUACUGAAUGUCUACGAGGGGAUGCCAAAGCUUCGGGUAACGCCACAGCAUUCCCACAAGCCAUUGGACUAGCCGCCACCUUUAGCCCUCAGCUGCUGUAUGAUGUUGCCUCAGCAAUUGGAAAGGAAGUCCGAGGGAAGCACAAUGAUUACGUCAAGGCAGGGAACUACUCAAGCCGCACAGGAGCUAGCUGUUUUAGUCCUGUCAUCAAUAUUGUGCGAGAUUCUCGUUGGGGCAGAAUUCAGGAGACAUAUGGCGAGGAUCCUUUUAUGAAUGGCAAACUAGCAGAGAGUUAUAUCAAUGGUUUACAAGGCAAUGAUUCCAGAUUCGUGCAAGCAACAGGUGGCUGUAAACACUUUGAUGUUCAUGGGGGACCUGAGGAUAUUCCUUCCUCCAGGUUCUCAUUCGACGCUCAGGUGUCAGAACGUGACUGGAGAAUGACAUUCCUGCCUGCAUUCAGACAGUGUGUGAGAGCUGGGACAUUUAGUGUCAUGUGUAGCUACAACAGAAUCAACGGCGUUCCAGCCUGCGCCAAUGGCAAGCUGUUGACUGAGAUACUCCGCAAUGAGUGGAACUUCACAGGCUAUGUUGUCAGCGACGAGGAAGCGCUGGAGAACAUCAUUAGCAAACAUCACUACCUCAACAACAGCGUGGACGCUGCAGCAGCUUGUGUGAAUGCUGGAUGCAACCUUGAACUUUCACCUAACCUUCUUCAGCCAGUUUAUUUAUCCAUUGUCGAUGCAGUAAUGCAAGGGAAGUUAUCGGAAGAUCUUGUCAGGGAAAGAGUUAAACCCCUUUUCUACACACGGAUGAGGCUCGGCGAGUUUGAUCCUCCAGAGAACAACACAUACACCAAGUUGUCCAAUGCCGAUGUGGAGACACCAGAGCAUCAGGCACUGGCCAUUGAAGCUGCUUCUAAAUCAUUUGUCUUGCUGAAGAACCAAAACCAUGUUUUACCAUUCAAUGCAGACGCAUUUAAAACAGUCGCUAUUGUUGGCCCCAUGGCUCACAACUACAGUCAGAUCUUCGGAGAUUAUACGCCACUGCAAGACCGCAGCUUCACCAAGACGCCCCUGCAAGGCUUGCAGACUUUGUUCCCAGGGAUUAAGUAUCAAGCAGCUUGUCUGGACGGAACACAGUGCACGUCAUACGAUCCUCAGGUCAUUCCAGAGGUCGUAGCUGGAGCAGAUUUAAUUUUUGUAGCACUAGGAACGGGAACAGCCGUUGAGGCUGAAGGUCAUGACCGCCCCAAUUUAGAGUUACCCGGCCACCAAAAAGAUCUGAUACUAGACGUGUUAAAAUACAGUGGUAAUGCCCGGGUCAUUUUACUUCUUUUCAAUGCUGGUCCUCUCAACGUGACGUUCGCAGACGAGUCCGAGCAGGUGGAUGCCAUAUUGGAAUGUUUCUUUCCGGCCCAAGCCACAGGCGAUGCUCUGGUCAAUGUGCUGAUUAACAAGGGCGGUAAUUAUUCUCCUGCCGGAAGAUUGCCAAUAACAUGGCCCAAAUACGGCUGGCAGUUGCCACCGAUGGUCAACUACUCCAUGGAGGGACGCACCUAUCGUUACAUGCUCAGCGACCCUCUUUACCCCUUUGGCUAUGGACUGUCUUACUCCAACUUCACUUAUGAUUUGCUGGCUGUUGUAUCAUACACACAACCCAAAGCGGACGUGGAAGUUGGCCUUUUCUUCACCAAUCAGGGGCCAGUUGAUUCGGAUGAGGUCGUUCAAUGUUAUAUUUCCUGGCAAAACCAGUCCUUACCAGUUCCUCAAAGACAGUUGGUCUACUUCAACCGGGUCAAUGUCAAGGUCGGCGUCCAGAUUCACUUGUCCUUCAAUGUCUCAUGGGAAUCGUGGACGUUUUGGGACAAUGGCCAGUGGGUCAUACAAGCAGGAAUAAUGAACAUAUAUUGUGGAGGCCAGCAGCCUUUCCAGAAGAAAUCUGUUCCAUCCAACGUUAUUGACGAUUCUUUUGAAAUCUACUCAACUGUUUACAUGGACAAGAUUUGAUCUAUAAAAAGAAUCGCAGCAGUAAUCUUUUUGACGUUUAUAGGAUUGCCAUAUAGUCAGCCGGAAGUAUUAAUUAAUCAUUAUCAUGUGUUCAAGUGAAACACAAGUGUAUACAUUAAUAAAUGCAUGUACAUAUGUAAUGAUACGAGAAAAAAGCCAGGUAACAUGUAAUGUACGCGUCAAGGUCUCAUGAGAUGUUUAAAUAAAAUUUAUAACAUGUUUCGAGAAAGCUACAAUACAUUUCUCACAGUACUAAAAAUAACCACAUAAAUUUCCCAUAGUACUAUAAAUAGCAAAAAAAAAAGUUUCUUUUAUGAUGUUAGAGAAGCUAAUUUUAGUAAGGGUAAUUAAACAAGGUAAACUAAUAAGUGGUGUCAAUCAAAAAUAGUUUCUUACUUCAAAUUAAUAAAGUCUACUUCCAUCUAGAACUGAAAAUAUGAAUUGUAUUGUGUGUAUAUUGUGUGAAUCCAAUCUUUUAGUGAUU